AUGUAUACAGUGAAAAAUACUCGUGAAAAGUAUCUUCAAGAAACUUGUGGAGCAACUGAUGUUGAAUUGAUCUAUAUUGAUUCGAUAAGACAGUUGAGACGAUCAUGUCCUCGAUCCAAUACAAUAGCUAAUUCACAACCAUCUGAAAUACUUGAUUCGUGGUUAUUUCAAGGUAAUUGGGAACAUGCAAAUGACUCAAAGAUUCUUGAUUCACUCUCAAUUACUCAUAUUCUUAAUGUUACCGACAAAGUAUUGCCUGAUCAAUCACGACAAAUACUUCAUAUUCGAAGUAAAGAUGGUCGUUCAGCUGAAUUAUCAGCAGCUUUUCAAGAAACAAAUACAUUUCUCGAUACAUGCCAUCAACAAGGUGGUCGAGUAUUGGUACAUUGUGAACGUGGUGUAUCUCGUUCUUCAACAAUUAUUUUAGCUUUUUUAAUGCAUCAUAAACAAUGGACUGUACCACAAGCGUUUGAAUAUCUAUUAACCAAACGACAUGAAGCAAUACCAAAUUAUGCUUUGAUACUUCAAUUAGUACGUUGUGAACAUGAUUUGACUCAAAUUAAUAAUGAAUAA